AUGGGUGGGAAGGGUAAGAAGGGGGCCAAGGGAGCCACCAGUGCCCCAGCGAGCACACACGACGAAGCCGUGUGUGUGUCGGUGGCAACACAGCCACGGCACUAUGAGUAUGUUGCCAAGAUCCCUGCCGAUGCAUUAACAGCCGGUGCUGGCUGGACCAAAGGCGACGGCAAAGCUGCAAUUGGUGUUGAUGGUUGCAAGGGCAAAUCCAAGGGAAAGGUUGCAGCUAGCAAAGGAUCUGGUAAGCUAGCGAGUGGCGGCACAGCUGCUGCCACGGGAGCUGCCGCGAUCAAAGGCGAUGGCAAAGCUGCUAAGGGCAGCAGUGGUGGUGCCGCAAAGGGCAGCGGUAAGGAUACACAGGGCAAUGGUGGUGGUGAGGAUACAAAGGGCAGCCGUAAGGGUGCAAAGGGCAACAGCGGUGGCAAGGAUGCAAAGGGCGUUCUUGGUGGUAAGGAUGCAAAGGGCAGCGGCAAGGGCGCCGGUGCUAAGGAUGCAAAGGGCAUCACUGGUGCUGAGGAUGCACAGGGCAGCGGUGAGGAUGCAAAGGGCAACCACGGUGGCAAGGCUGCAAAGGGCAGUGCUGGUGGUAAGGAUGCAAAGGGCAGCGGUAAGGAUGCAAAGGGCAAGAGUGGUGGCAAGGCUGCCAAGGGCGUCGCUGGUGGUAAGGAUGCAAAGGACAGUGGUAAUGAUGCAAAGGGCGCUGGCGGUGGUAAGAAUGCAAAGGGCAGCGGUGGUAAGGAUGCAAAGGGCCACAGUGCAAAGGGCAGUGGUAAGGAUGCAAAAGGCCACAGCACAAAGGGCAGUGGUAAGGAUGCAAAGGGCACUGGCGGUGGUAAGGAUGCAAAGGGCUGCGGUGGUAAGGAUGCAAAGGGCCACAGUGGUGGUAAGGAUGCAAAGGGCAGCGGCGGUGGUAAGGGCAGCAGCGGAGGUAAGGAUGCAUCAAAGGACCCUGAUCCGUCACCCGAUGUGGAGAAGCCAACAGGCAAAGGAUCCAAGGGAGUACAGGAGAUCGCCCCCAUCACCAAGGGCAACCACUCGAAGGGUCACCAGGUGUGUCGCCGGGUGUCCUUCGGACCAGGCCAUCUGGGGUCAGGGAAACCCAUUCUCCGUUCGGAUACUGGCAUCUCGACUAUGAGUGACGGCACCGGCCCUGUGGAAAUGGAACCCUUGAGUAUCCCCGAGUCUGACGGUGUCCGACCCUUGACUGAUGAAGAAAGAGCACAGAUCGAGGUGCCCUUCUAUAUCGAUUACAACCACUGGUUCGCCUUUCUGAAGGCAUUCUUGCUGGACAGGGAUCACUUGGCCACCAUCGAGGUGCAGCCAUAUUACGAGGAGCUCUCCGAAAACAAAGAAAAGGAGACCUUCGAGGAACUCCCACUGGUUAUGAUCAAGCAGAAGUACGAGGGGUUAACAGGAGGGCCCCAGCUGAUCGCCGACAUUCUCGCGAGUCAGCAGGGGAAGAAACACCCACAAAGCGACCUCCCCGAUUGGCGAAUUUUCAAGGUCUUCAAGAACAUUCUGACAAGCAGUGCCUUGUCAAGAUCAAAACCACCAGGUGUGUGUUUGCAUACUGCUUUGUGUCCGUUGCAAUCAUAUACCCAAGGUGCCAACGUGAGCAGAGUUGGCAGCAAAACGACAGCGACAAAGGAAGUAUCUGGCAAUAAGGCGGAGCGCACCGCCGUUGCGGAAGUGCUGGAGGGAAAGGCUUCUGAAAUGGGAAAGAUGAUGACGCAGUCGGCAAACUCUUCUAAAGGCAACGGCAAAAACCGCAAUGGAAAGGGACAAAAGGGAAAAAAGGACCAUCGGGGGAUUAGCUUACACGUCUUUCCACAGAGGUUUAAUGUAUGUACGGGGAUUUAG